CUUUAUUUCCAGCUUAUGGAAAAUGCUGUUUAUACUUUUGGACAGCUGUUUUCUCCAAACCUGCAAGGAGACACAGCAAAAAUUGCAACAGCCAUUGAAAAAGUCAAACUGAGAGUACUAAAGCAAUAUGAUUAUGACAGUAGCACUGUCCGGAAGAAGAUAUUUCAGGAAGCAUUGGUAGAGAUCACAUUACCCACAAUGCAGAAGACACUGGCUUCACUAUGCAAACCAGAGCUGCAGAAAUAUGAACAGUUUAUCUUUGCAGAUUAUACCAGUGUGAUACAAGUAGAGAAUGUCUAUGAAGAAAUUUUAUAUCACACCUUGCUUGAUGAAACCUUAAAAGUGAUAAAAGAAGCUGCCAGCUUGAAGAAACACAACCUUUUUGAGGACAGUCUCAACAUGCCUUGUGAAAGUGUGUCCAGUUUAACUGACUUGAAGACCCCUUCAGGAUCAACACAAACCACCCCAGCUAAGAAACCAUCCACCACCCUUACGGAAAUAUCAGAUACUGAAACUCAAAAUGAAGAGGUGGUUGUUUUGGCAGAAAAUAUUUCCCAGGAAGAAUGUUAUGAUGCUGGAAAGGCAAAUGAUGAAGGAACAACUGUCGACAUGCCUAACAUUCCUGAAACCAUUAGUGAAAAAAUUAUCUUUACAGACACGACUGAUAAAAAGGAGUCCCAAUCUUCUACUCCUAGGGAAGAAGAGGCUGUAGAGGAAAAAAUAAUUUCCCAAAAUGAAAAUACAGUGGAGGCAGAGUUUGGGGGGAAAACUGAAAAAGAAAGUCAGGUACAAGAAGAGGCUAUGGAGGAGAAGGUAACUUUCAAGAAUGAAAAUGAAGUGACUGAUGUCACUGAGAAAGCAAGCCAGGUACAGGAAGAGGCAGUGGAGGAGAGGGUAAGUUCUGGGAAGGAGGGUGUGGUGGAGGAAAAGAUUGCCAGAGACCCAGGGCAAGGAAGUCAGGUAGAAGAGGAGUCUGUGGUAGAGAAGGUAAUUUCACACAGUGAGUGUGCACUGGAGGCUGUGUUUCCAGGCCAGCCUGAUAAAGAAGGUUGGGUCCAAGAGGAGGCUGGGGAGAAGAAGCUAAGUUCUGAAAAUGGUGUAGAGGUUGCAGAUAACACUGGAAACGAAAGUCAAGAACAGGAGGAGGGUGUGGAGAAGGAGGUAAGGCUGCAGAGUGAGCGUGCAGGGGAAGUCGAGUUUUCAGGAGAGUCACCUUAUAAAGAAGGUGAGGUAAAAAAAGAGGCAAUGGCAAAGAUGGCAAGUUCUGGGAAUGAGGGUGAAACAGAAAUAGAGUUUACCAGGGACACUGAGAAACAGUUUCAGGUUCAAGAGAAGAUAGCAGAGGAAAAGGUAAGUUCACAGGGUGUGGAUGCACUGGAGUCUGUAUCUGCAGAGCAGCCUAAUAAAGAAGGCCAGGAACACAGGGAGGCAGUGGAGGAGAAAACAAGUUCUGAGCAUGAAGACGAAGUGGAGAUUGGAGAUAACACCAAGACAAUAAGUCGGGUGCAAAAGGCAGCUGUAGAGAAAGUUCCUGCCCAGACACAGGAUGCAAGAGAGGCAGAGUUUUCAGGGCAUCCUGGUGAAGAAAGUCAAGAGCAAAAGGAGGUUGCGGAUGAAAAGGUAUACUCUCAUAGUGAAGAUGCAGGGAAGUUGGAAAUUACAGGAGACACUGAAAAAGAAGGUCAAAUACAAGAUGAGGGCAGGGACCAGAAAGUAAGCUCCCAAGGUAAAGAUGCAGUCAAGUCAGAGAUUGGUGAAAAAAUAGGCAAAGAAGGUCAAGUACAAAAGGAGGUUAUGGAGGAGACAGUAACUGUGUAUAAUGAGAAUGCAGAGGGGGCAGACACAGCUGGGAGUACUGAUAAAGGAAGUGAGAUCCCCAAGCAAGUUGCAGAGCAGGAGGUAAGUUCACAGACUGAGGAUGCAGCAGAGGCAGUGUCUCCAGGGAAGCUUGAGAGAGAUAGUCAGGGUCAAGAGGGAGCAGUGGUAGGGAAUUUAAUAUCCCUGAGUGAGGAAGCAGUGGAACCAAAGACUGAAGAUGUCACUAAGAAAACAAGCCAAAUGCAGGAGGAGGUGGAGGAGAAAGUAGAUUUUGAGAAAGAGGUUGCAAUGGAGACAGUGUCUGCAGGGCAGCCUGAUAUAAAAAGUCAGGUUCAAGAGGAACCAGUGGAGGAGAACGUAAGUUCUGAGAAGGAGGGAGUGGUAGAGGCAGAAUUUGCCAGUAACACAGAGAGUAAAGGCCAGGUACUGCAGAAAGAAGUGGAGGAAAAUGUAAGUUCAGUGAGGGAGGAUGCACUGGAGAUGGUGCCUGCAGUGCAGCCUGAGAACAGAAAUCUGGCACAGCAGGAGGCAAUGAAGGAAAAGGUAAGUUUUCAGAGUGAGGGUGCAGUGGUGGCAGAGACUGCAGCUGUCACUGAGAGAGAAAGCCAAGUGCAGGAGAAGGAGGUGGAGGAGAAGGUAAGUUCACUGAGCAAGGAUGCAGUGGAGGCAGUGUCUACAGGGCACCGUGAUCCUGAAAGUGAGAUUCCAGAGGAGGCAGUAGAGGAGAGAUUAACAUCCCACCAGAGUGAAGAUGCAGUGGAACCAGAGACUGAACCCAUUACUGAGAAGGAAAGUAAAAUACAGCUGGAGGUUGUGGAAGAGAAAGUAAAUUCUCAGUGUGAGGAUACAGUUGAAGCUAUGUCUGCAGGGCAGACUGAUAUAAAAUGCCAGGUUCAAGAGGAGACAGUGAAGGAGAAGGUAAGUUCUGAGAAGGAAGGUGCAGUGGAGGCAGACUUUACUAGUGACACAGAGGAAGAUGAUCAGGUACAGCAGGAGACAACAGAGGAAAAAGUAAGCUUGCUGAGUGAAGAUGCAGUAGAGGUAGUGUCUGCAGUGCAGCCUGAUAAAGGUCAUGUAGAGCAAGAGGCAGUAGAGAUGGUAAGUUUGCAGAGUGCAAGUGCAGUGGAAGCAGAGUUGGUGGAUGUCACUGAGAGAGAAAAUCCAGGACAGCAGGAGGAGGUGGAGGAAAAGGUAAGUUCAAUCAGUGAGGAUGCAGUUCAGGCAGUGACUACAGGGCAGCCUGACAAAGAAAGCCAGGUUCAAGAGGGAGCAGUAGAAGGGAAUGUAAUAUCCCAGAGUGAAGAGGCAGUGGAGGCAGAGAUUGAAGAUGUCACUAAGAAAGUAAGCCACGUACAGGAGGGGACAGUGGAGGAGCACAUAAGCUCUGAGACAGGGGGUGCAGUGGAGGCAGAGAUUGCCAGAGACACAGGGCAAGGAAGUCCGAUAAAGCAGGAGGCCAUAAGAUCACAAUGUGAGGAUGCACUUGAGGUGGUGUUUGAAGGGCAGCCUGACAGAGAGAGUCAGGUACAAGAAGUAGUGGAGGAGAAGGUAACUUCUGCAAAUGAGGGUGCAGUGGAGGCUGAGGUUGCAGAUAACAUUGACAUGGAGAGUCAGGUUCAAGAGGAGGCAGACGUGGAAGAGACAAGUUCUCAGAGUGGGAAUGCAACAGAGCCAGUGUUUGCAGGGCAGCCUGGUAAACAAUGUUAUGUACACCAGGAGACAGGGGCAGAGCAGGUAAAUUCCAAAAGGGAGGAUGCAGUGGAGCCCGAGUUUGGUGAGAGGACAGAAAAAGUGAAUAACAUACCAGAGGGGGCAGUAGAAGGGAAGGGAAGUUUGCAGAGUGAGGUUGCAGUAGAGGCAGGUAUUGUAGAUAACACUGACAGUGAUAGGGAGGUACAGGAGAAGGAUAUGGGGGAAGAGGUAGCUUCCCAGACUGAAGAUGUAAUGGAAGCAGAGUUUGGUGAGAACACAAAACAAGAAAGUCAGGUUCAAGAGUGUGAGGCAAGUUUAAAACAUGAUGUCGCCGUGGUAGAUGAGUUGGACAAAAGCACUGAAAAGGAGAGUCAGGUUCAAAAAGAGGCUGUGGAAGAGAGGAGAAGAUCCUGGAGUCAGGGUGUAGUGGAAGCGGAUAUUGCAGACAACACUGCAAAAGAAAGUCAGAUAGAAGAGGCAGCUCUGGAGGAGGAGGUAAGUACCCAGAGUGAAGUUACAGUGGCUGAAGAAUUGGACAGGAGCCCUGGAAAAGAGAGUCUGGUUCAAGAGGAGUCUGUAGAGGAAAGAGUAUGCUCACAGAGUGAGGGUGUGCAGGAGACAGAGUUGGAAAUAUACCUUGAGAACAAAAGUCAGGUACGGAAGUGGGCUAUGGAGGAGGUUAUAUCCCAGAGUGAGGAUGCAGAUGAGACGGGGACUGCAGGUAACGUGGAAGAAGAAAGUCAGGGGCAGGAGGAGAGUGUGGGAGAAAUGCUGAGUUAUCAGAAUGGAGAUGCAGUUGAGGCAGAGUCUGGAGGCUGCACAUUAGGAGUUUGUCAGAUUCAAGAGAAGGCUAGGGAGGAGAAGCUGAGUUUCCCAAAUGAAGAUACUGUGGAGGAGGAGUUGGGCAGGAGCAAUGUCAAAGGAAAUAAGGUACAAGAAGUGACUGUGGAGGGAAAGAUGAUAAGUUCUGAGAGUAAAAAUGCAGUGGAGACGGAGUUUGGCAAAAAAACAGAAAAAGAUAACCAGGUGCAAGUUGAGGCUGUGGCAGAGAAGGUAUGUUCGCAGAGCAAGGAUGUAGGUGAGAUGCAGUUUACAUGGCAUCUUGAGAAAGAAGUUCCGGAACAAAAGGGGGCUUUGGAAGGACAGAUCAGUUUUCAGAGUGAAAAUGAAUUGAAGGAAGAGAUUGGUGAAAAAACAGAAAAAGAAAGUCAGGAAACAGAGGAAGCCCUGGAGGAGAAGGUAAGUUCCGAGAAGGAAGGUAUAGUGAAAGUAGAGGCUAGGGCAGACACUGAGACAAAUUGUAAAGUACAAGAAGAGGCUGUGGAAGAGAAGGUAAGUUUGCAAUGUGAACAUACAGUAGAGGCAGAGGUUGGGGGAAACACUGGACAAGAAGAGGAGAGAUCCCUUACAACCCCUGAUAGUGCAAAUGGUAUAAGCGACUUGCUGAUGGUGAUAGCUGACCCAGCAGCCGUUGCUCCAUCUGAGAACAAAAAAGAAGUGGUAAAUGAAUGUAAUAUUUUAAAGUUGCAGGAGCAUGGUGAAGAGUGUGAUGAGAACAGCAAAAAUAAAGAAGAAGGUCAAGCAGAUAAGUUAGUAAGUAAAGAAGUUGAACAUACUGAGCUCAAGAUGGAUCAGCCAUUUUCAUCCAGUUUGGGGACAGAUGAUGUGAAUGUAGUGAUCCUCUCAGAGGAGGGUCAAUGUGGGACUCGAGCAGAAUGUUCAGAGACUUCCAAAGAACUGGGUAGACCUCAAGAGGCAAAUGCAGAAGUGGAAACCAACCAAAGUGUCUGGUAUACAGACAAGGAAAGUUGUGAAGGUCUUGAUCACAAAUUGGAACUACAGGAACUACCUGAAAAUGUAGUUGAGGACAGAAGAUCUGACCUGGAGGAAGAAGGAGUACAUCACACUCAGGCUGGGCCAGUGGAAGCUGGGGCUGAGAGCUUUGCUGAUGAUUCUACUGAAAGUCCCGAUGCAACAAGAAUGGAAAUAACCAUUUUGAGAAUGGAAAACUUAAGAAUAGAAGUGACUGAUGUGCUAGAAAAAGAGGAGGUGAACACUACUACUUCAGUGGGUAGUAAAUCUGUUGCUGAUGGGGAUGAGUGUAAACUAGUAGACAUGCCUUCAAGUGCUGAAAUCACAACCUUGAUGGGAAGUGAAAUUCUUGCAGAGGAGAGCAGGGAGGGUAGUUGUACAGAGCAAUGCUCUGAAUAG